UUCUCUUGGUAGUCUAUGUGGAUGACAUUGUCAUCACUGGGAGUGACUCUGCAGGUAUUUCAUCUCUUAAAACCUUCCUCCAAACUCGUUUGGACCAAAGACUUGGGAUUGUUAAAGUAUUUCUUGGGUAUCGAAGUUAUGAGAAGUAAGAAGGGUAUUUUCUUGUCUCAAAGAAAAUAUGUCCUCGAUCUAUUGACAGAGACAGGAAAAUUAGGUGCUAAACCUUGUAGCGCACCAAUGACUCCAACUUUACAACUGUUAGCAGGGGAUAGUGAAUUGUUUGAAGAUCCAGAGAGAUACAGGAGAUUGGUAGGAAAAUUGAACUACCUUACAGUCACUCGUCCUGACAUUGCUUAUGCCGUUAGUGUGGUAAGUCAAUUUAUGUCUUCCCCAACUGUUGCUCAUUGGGAAGCCUUGAAACAAAUCUUAUGUUAUCUGAAGGGCGCUCCAGGAAGAGGUUUGCUAUAUGGUAAUCAUGGGCAUUUGAAUAUUGAAUGUUUUUCAGAUGCCGACUGGGCUGGAUCUAAGGUUGACAGAAGGUCAACUACUGGAUAUUGCGUUUUUAUUGGAGGAAAUUUAGUGUCUUGGAGAAGCAAGAAACAGAGUGUAGUUUCUCGAUCUAGUGCUGAAUCCGAAUACAGAGCCAUGGCACAAUCAGUAUGUGAGGUAAUGUGGAUACUUCAAUUACUAGAUGAGACAGGUUUUAAGACCUCCCUGCCUGCGAAAUUGUGGUGUGAUAAUCAAGCUGCUCUUCAUAUUGCUUCUAAUCCGGUGUUUCAUGAGCGGACCAAACAUAUUGAGAUUGAUUGUCAUUUUAUUCGUGAAAAGAUUCAACAACAGAUCAUCUCAACAGGACACAUCAAAACUGGAGAGCAGUUAGGAGAUAUUUUCACAAAAGCUCUAAAUGGAGCUAGGAUUGACUACAUUUGUAAUAAGUUGGGCAUGAUUAACAUCUAUGCUCCAACUUGAGGGGGAGUGUUAUGGAAAGU